UGUAUUGCAGUAGUCCUCUUCAGUUGGGACAAUUACAGUGAGAGAUAAUGUCACUGCCGAAGGUCUUGAGUUUUCAUCUUAUAUUGAUGCUGUCUGCAUUCACUGGAGCAGCAAAUGGAUAUUUCCUUUCUACGUGGAGUAAAUGCAUCUGGAGCUCCCAUGAUCUCAGUGACAUGGUGUACAUUGAUAACUAUAUCUUCAAUAAGGAUGUGUUCAUACAGUUCAACAGCACUGUGGGGGAGUAUGUGGGGUACACUGAACUUGGAGUAAAAAAUGCACGAGCAUGGAACAGCGAUUCCGGCCGACUGCAGGGAGAGAGAGCUGAGGUGGAGAGAUUCUGCAAACAUAAUGCUGACGUAGAUCAGAAAACUAUCACUGAUAAAUCAGUGCCACCACAGGUUAAGCUCAGCUCAGUGACUCAGGCUGGUGGCAGACAUCCAGCUGUGUUGAUGUGCAGCGCUUACGACUUCUACCCAAAGAGGAUCCAAAUUUCCUGGAUGAGAGACGGUAAAGUCGUGAAGUCUGAUGUGACAUCAACUGAGGAGAUGGCUGAUGGAGACUGGUACUACCAGAUCCACUCCCACCUGGAGUACACUCCUAAAUCUGGAGAGAAGAUCUCCUGUGCUGUGGAUCACGCCGGCUUAACUAAACCCAUCAUCGUAGACUGGGAUCCCUCUAUGCCUGAGCCCGAGAGGAAUAAAAUCGCCAUUGGUGCUUCUGGUCUGGUGCUGGGAAUCAUCAUAGCUGCUGCUGGACUCAUUUACUACAAGAAGAAAUCAACAGGGAGGAUCCUGGUACCAUCUUAAGGAUGGUCAGACUGACUGAGGAUUCAACUUGACUCGUGGAUGGAGAACUCACUUUCUGAACUUUACACUGAUGUUUCAUUUUUAACAGUGAAAACAAUUUUGGAUAAUGAAAACAAUAACAACAAAUCUUAUAAAUUUGUUUGAUAUUUGCAAUUUUUUAUUGAAUGUUGAUGAUGAUAUAAUGAUGUAUAAAAUAUGGAGAUUAUAUAAAGGUGUAGAAAUUCUCAUUCUUGCUGGCUUCUUUUCCAGUAUACGUAUACUAGAUUAACAUGCAUAUGGGUUCAUUUAAUGUUAUAGAACGUAUUAUUGUAAGACUUUAAUAAGUCAGGCUCUGGGUCUGAGAAAAGGUACUCUGAAGUCUUUUUUAUUUCUGUUUUACUCUGAUUUACCAUAAAACAUGUGUUGGAACUAAAUGAGUGCAGUCUUAUAUGUAAUAUAUUUGAUAAACAUUUUUUUUUAUUUUAAUUAAGAAACCAAAAUCAUCAAUAGCUUAUUCUUCCUUCUUAUUCAUUCUGAUAAUAAUUCCUCUGUAUGAUUUGAUGACUGCAAAAUAUUGCAAUACACAUUUUUUCUUCAGAAACACAAACUCAAACAUUUAUUGGUUCUGUACUGUGUUCAUUUCAGCUCUAAAUAAAUAUUU